AUGCCUUCGAAACGCCAAAAACUGGAGCGAAGAAAGACAUCGAGACCCACUCGAUUCGAAAAGGAACUGCUACGUUUGUCUCCUCUGGCAGCACUGGUGGUCCAUCUAUUGUCAGCGUAUGUCUGCGUUGUGGGUGGUCAAUGUCAUGGAACGUUAUUUCGGUACGAAGCCGCCGGGGAUCCGUUCACUGGUCGCGUUGUUGCCGGGGUGCCGAUCAACAGCUCUGAUUUUGCGGUCCUGCCGCCUCAUUUUCGAGACCCCAGUGCCACGGUGGUGCUUUCAGCCCUCCAAGUCGUGUUCCCCCUGCUCGCCCCCAACACACCGACCUUCAUCCAGUGCUGCAGUUGGUAUUGGCCAGCUUGGUUAUCAUCAUGGGUAUUUGGAGAGUGUGUUGCCUCCACGUCAUGCCAUGCGCUCGACUACGCUAUUCACCAACGGUACGAUGCAGCGUGA